GUAGCCUAGUAGGAUGUGUUCAUUGAAGAUGGUGGCGCUGUGUCAGACUCGCUGUCCUGUACAUUUCUUUGCCUGACUUCAGUCUCUUCAGUGACAUCUACUAGAGUGACUCGGUCCUCGGACCUGCUUGCUCUGCAACCAUGCAGUCCCCUCCUCGGACUGGACCUCCAGGAGCCUCUGGGCCUCCUCCUCCUUCAGGUCCCAAUAUGUUCCGCAGGACCAGGCCUCACAAGCAUGCGGCAGCAGCUACUGCCCCAAUGCCACCUAUAUCUCAACCCAUGACAGACCCUUUUGCUUUUGUUAGAGCUCCUCCCCCUUUGGCUGCAGGUGGUCUCCCGACGAUACCCAACAGCAACCCUCCACCAAUGCAAGCCCCACCUAAUACCAUGUACUCUCAGGCUGGGGGACUGCCUCCACAGCCACAGACACUGGAGAAUGUCCCAGCUGCUUUCUCUGGUCCCCCACCAUCCUCUCUGCCAGGAGUGACCCUGUUCAACCCUCACAGUACAGCACCUCCUGGUGCAUUCCCAGCUCCCAGUCCUGUGGGAUAUGCACCCUCACAUAGUGAACAAGGCUAUUUUAACUCAAGAGAACAGACACCAUCCAUGGGGACAGAGCCUCCGCCUGGGCCCUCAGCUCCACCAACACAUCACUCACCUUUUAAUCAGGAAUUUCAAGGACAGCCUCCUCAGCCGGUGCCCUUCCAACCAGUGCCUCCCACCACCUCCUCUUCCCAGUGGGUCCCUGAUCACAGUAGUCGCCCUCCAUCAGUUCAGAACUAUUUCCAGCCUACUAGCGACCCUCCACACCAACCUUUUCAUCUACCCUCACAGCCCCAGAUGUACCCUUCACACACCCCAUCACCACAUCAUAAUGCCCCCAUACCUCCAACACAACCUGCACAACCCCAAAACCAGGCUCCUCCUCCUGCCCAGCAUCCUGUGACUGCCCCUAGUUCUCAAUGGUCUGACCCCAAUGCAUCCCAACAGCAUAAUUCCCACUUCCAAACUCAGAAUUACUUCAGUCAGAGCUCUGCCCCCCAGGACUCAUGGUUCAACCAACCACCACAGGACCCAGGCUACCACCAAAUGGGGACUGGUCCGGGCUAUCCUCAGCCCCGUCCUGAAUCUGCUGGAUCUCAGCAUGCAUCCAGCGCCGGGCCUGGGCCUAGUUCUGCAUCUGCCUCGCUCCCAUACCCACAGGAGUCUGGGACGCUCUCCAUGUUCUUUAAUGACAAUGAUGUUGAAAAUGAGGAAACACUGGCUGGAGAUAGAAAUAAAGCAGUAAAUGGUGUUCCUGGCUCUUUUCAGCACCACAGCAACCCACAAGCCCACAGUGCCCAAUCAGAUGCUCCCUUGGAUUACCAAGGAGCCUCUCUGCAAGAUCAGUCUCACCUCCCAUACAUGCAUGAUGGAAAUCAUGCACCCCAGAAGCCUCCUGAGUCCCAGUAUGACCACGUUGAGAAUCUGGAGUGUGUGCCCAACCAGGAAGUAUUACCCAGCGAAACCCUUGCCAGCCCUGUUGCUCCUGCUGCCCAUGGAGUAGACCAGUUUGAAACUGGGCCAAACCUGGAGACUCCAGAUUCAGUCCCAAGGCCAAUGAGAUCUGCCAGUGUGUCGUCCAACUACAGCAACAUAAGCCACGGAAGUGGAACCAGCGGCCGACGUCAUCAGGGAGUAGUGGGUACCUUUAUUCAGCAGGAAAGUCCACGUCUCACUGAUGAGGCGAACCUUUCUGCUGCCGCUGGAGGCUACUUUGAGCAGAUUGACUCCUCUCCAGCUGGAGAUAUGGGUGCCCGGCAGAGCUCCCUGGAGCAGAUGUGGCAUCCCACACCAAGCCCUCCCAAACCGACUGGUAUCUUUCAGGCCAGUGCUAACAGCUCCUUUGAACCUGUGCGCUCACAUGGCGUUGGAGUGCGUCCUCCUGAAGUUGACAAGGCUAAAAUGGUCGCUGAAGGGGGUGCAGACUCUACACCUGGCAACUUAGAGCAGCCACCAGAUAAUAUGGAAAAUAUUUAUGGCCCUGGGCAUCCCCUGCCUGCUGGGACUGGAGGCAGUGUCCCUCACCUGACACACUCGGUGGUGCACUCUCACUCACGACCAUCAUCCCGUGCUUUCGGGGUGAAUCGGCCCUGUGAGAGCCCUGCCACUACCCUGUGGGCUCAGAAUGAUCCUACUAACUUUGGAGCUAAUAUCCUCCUAGCUCCUGCUGCCCCCACAGUUCUCGCCCCUUUACGAGAGCCCAGUGCUGAGGUUAUACAACCUCCAGAGGAUGGUCCACUGGACCUGCAGCCCCCCCAGAGAAACCAGCCAUCACAGCAGCACUCUGAGAACCUAGAGAACCCACCAAAGGUGAGUGAGGCCGAGCCAACUGACUCUCAAGGCAAUCUCGGCUAUGCAUCUCUCCUUGUGUCUGACUCGCUCCGCCAGCCUGUUUUGAUUGCCCCACCUGUGUCCAAUUAUAGCGUGAUUCCCCCCAGUACCACUGCUCAAGCAGCCAGUCAAACUAGCCUUAGGGAAACUACCCCACCUGUGAGAUCACUCAUACAGGGACAUGGUGCCAGUACCUCCCAGCCGUCUUCAUUAACCUCUAAUCAGAAUCCACUGUUUGUCCCUGGACCAAUAAGCUUUAGCACUUCAGUCUCUAACCCAGGCCCACUCAAUCUGACCCGAGACAACACAGAAGCGGCACCAUCAGACCCCACAGCCCCACCACUGUCUCAGCCGCUUCGCCCUCCUCUUUCCAGGGGCCAAUCAGUGGGUGGGGACAGCCACUCUGCUCUCCAAGUUAAUCUACCAGCUUCUCUUGUGACCGCUCCUGUCUCUAAUCAUAAUCAGCCAUCAAAUUAUGAACUGCUUGAUUUUUCUAUGCACCAAUCACAAGCCCAAAACCAAGCAACCAGCCAUCCUUCCUCUCUACACGAGUCUCCACAGUCUAGUAAUGGAUUUUACCUACAGGUCACCAAAGACGCCCAGCAGGGGGUAAGAGUAAAAGGCAAUGCCCCUGUCCAGCCCCAGGCCUCUUCUUCCACCCCACAGGUUCCGCCAGCAGCCCCCCAAGCAGCUGCAAGCCCCCAAUUACCACCGGCAGAGCCACCUAAGAGACCAGACUCUCAGCCUGCUGUACAGGCACAAAAUGCUGCACCUUCUGUUCCAGUGAGUGGAGCACCACCUUCCUAUGGUCAGUAUUCUGCUCCAGCACAGGGGCCUGCUGCUGAGGUGGCUGCUCCUCCAGGGAGUGCACCUCCUCCAGGGAGUGCACCUCCUCCAGGUAGUGCACCUCCGGGUAGUGCACCUCCUCCAGGGAGUGCACCUCCUCCAGGGAGUGCACCUCCUCCAGGGAGUGCACCUCUUCCAGGGAGUGCACCUCCUCCUGCUGUUGCAAACCCUCCAGGGCCUCGGGGACCAGUACCUCCAGGAGCUCCUCAGCCUAAUCCUGCAGAGCCGCCUCGACCACCCUCAUCUGCAGGCAGCCAGCAGGGCUACGGACCCCCUCCUCCAGGGCCAGGGCAGAUGUAUGGUGGCUAUUAUGGCAAUUAUGGAGAAUACCUUGAUAGCAGAGCACCAUAUCCCCCCGGACAGUACCCACCUCCAACUGGAGAUCCCAGAGCGCAGCAGUAUUAUCAAGAUGGGUCAUACAGGGGCAGAGCAGAUCCUUGGUAUGGAGCUUAUCGUGAUCCAAACUACCAGUACAGAGAGCCUCAACCAGAGAGACCCAACUCCAGAGCCAGCCAGUACUCUGACAGGCCUUCAUCCAGGCAAGGCUAUCCUGAAGACUACCACAGAGCUAACCGAAGUGCCUACAGUGAUUAUUAUCCAGAUUACGCCAAGCACUAUGAUUAUGCAGGAUACAACUAUGGACAGUAUGACCCACGGUACAGAGGAUACUACGAUCAGUCCAACUGGUGGAGUUAUGAUGAGAGCUACAGAGGCAGAGACUACUAUAAUCACCAGAUGUAUCCUCCCAGGAAAGAGGGCUACGAUGAUCAGUGGCGAUACUAUCCCGGUUACGACCCCAGUUUUGAUGAUGAUUACCGCCGUCGUGAUUGUGACGACUUCGACCGACGCAGUGUCCACAGCGAGCAGUCGGUGCACAGUGUGCACAGCUCCCACAGUCACCACAGCAGACGGAGCAGUUUCAGCUCACGCUCACAACAGAGUCAGGUAUACAGAAGCCAGCCUGACUUAGUAUCAGCAGUCUAUGACACAACAUCAUCGACCCUGGCUGUUGACUACUCCUAUGGACAGUACCCGAACCAGACUGAUGCUUCUCAGAACUACAGCCAGUACAUCUAUCCCUCCGAGUACCCCACAGAAAGCACCUGGAUCACCCCUGAGCAGCCUCCUCCUCGUCCCGCAACACCAGAGAAGUUCACCAUACCCCAUCGAUGUGCCCGCUUUGGACCUGGUGGUCAUUUAGUCCAAGUUCUACCUAAUCUCCCUUCAGCUGGACAGCCUGCACUUGUGGACAUCCACAACUUGGAGACCAUGCUACAGGAUACACCUGAUCAGGUAGAACUGCGAGCCUUCCCUGGACCUCUUGUAAAAGAGGAGACCCAUAAGGUGGAUGUGAUCAAGUUCUCCCAGAACAAAGCACUGGAGUGUUCACGAGACAACAACCUGUUGGACAGAGACUCUGCCCGCCUGCUCUGGGACUUCAUUAUACUGCUCUGUAGACAGAACGGGACUGUGGUUGGCACGGACAUCGCUGACCUCCUGCUUAAAGAGCACCGCUCCGUCUGGCUGCCAGGUAAAAGUCCUAACGAAGCCAACCUGAUUGAUUUCAACAACGAGCCACUGGAACGAGCUGAAGAAGAGCCUGGAGCCGGGCCGCUGUCCCUCUUAUCAGACACCUUCAUGACCGUCCCAGAGAACGUCGGCAAGGAAACAGAACGCUUUAGGGAGCUGCUGCUUUUUGGUCGUAAGAAGGAUGCAUUAGAAGCAGCUAUGAAAGGAGGUCUCUGGGGUCACGCGCUGUUGUUGGCCAGUAAAAUGGACAACAGGACGCAUGCUCGUGUCAUGACAAGGUUUGCAAACAGUUUGCCCAUCAAUGACCCUCUCCAGACGGUGUACCAGCUGAUGUCAGGGAGGAUGCCUGCAUCAGCCACUUGCUGUGGAGAGGAGAAGUGGGGUGACUGGCGCCCUCACCUGGCCAUGGUGCUGUCUAACCUCACACACACCCUGGACCUGGACACCCGCACAAUCACCACCAUGGGUGACACUCUGGCUUCCAAGGGGCUGAUCGAUGCUGCACACUUCUGUUACUUGAUGGCCCAAGUUGGUCUGGGAGUUUUCACAAAGAAGAGCACCAAGAUGGUCCUGAUUGGCUCAAACCACAGUGUGCCCUUUUACCAAUUUGCAACCAAUGAAGCAAUCCAGAGGACUGAAGCUUAUGAGUACGCUCAAUCUUUGGGCUCACUGCCGUGCUCGCUGCCCAAUUUCCAGGUGUUUAAGUUGAUCUAUGCAUGCCGUUUGGCUGAAGCUGGCCUGAGUGCUCAGGCCUUCCAUUACUGUGAAGUCAUUUCAAAGACCGUCCUCAUGCAGCCUUCCUACUACUCUCCUGUUUUUAUCAGCCAAAUCAUUCAGAUGUCUGAAAAGCUGCGAUUCUUUGAUCCACAACUGAAAGAGAAGCCAGAGCAGGAGCUGUUCAAUGAGCCUGAGUGGCUAAUUCACCUCAGAAGGCUCGAUGGACAGAUCAAGACGGGGGCGAUUUUGUACAAUGCGGACAGAACAACUCCGACACAGUUUGAAUGCAGCAGCCCCAGCUCUGACUUAGACCAGCACAGCCCAGCUGAACCUUACAACAUGUCUGUGGAGUUUGAUGGCCCCGCCCCAGACAAUCCGCUGAUGAGCUCAUUACUGCCAGGAGCAGCACCGCAGGGAGUACAGCUGAUGCCUCCAGCACCCACCUCCAUCCUCCAGGACGGGAUGGCUCCUCCUCAGCCUAUACCCCCUAAUGAAGUUCCACAGUUCUACCCAGUACCUCCCACUGGACAGCCAGGCCAUCUCCCUGUCCCAGGCUACCCUCCACAGGACCCUGGUUUUGCCCCUCCCCCUUUCCAGCCUCAACCUGAGCAGACAGAGAUGUACCCAGGAGCCCAUCAGCAGCCUGGUCGCACACCUCCUCAAAUGUCCCCACACAUGCUCCCCCAGGUGCCACAUUCACCCGUGCGGAUGAACCCCCCGACACUCCAAAUGCCUCCGCACAUGCCGCCCUCUCCUGGGCACAUGCCACACGUAGAGCAGCACCCACGAUCCCCGACGGAGAUGCACAUGAAUCCACCGAUAUCAUCGUCACCUCCCAGAGGCUCCCUCACACCUCAGGAUGACUUCUACGACCAAAUGGCUCACAUGGGGCCUGGAAGGAGAUCGAGGACAACUUCACAGUCUUCAAUGCACAUGGCUUCAGGACGACGCUCUCGCAACAAUUCUGUAUCGUCCACUCACUCUGGAGGAAGGGAGCGGAGCAGCUCAGUCAAACAGGUCUCUCCACCUCCACCUUCGAUCCCUGAGCAGCCCCGCAAAGAGGAAGCUAAACAAGCCAAGAAAGACUCUCCUAAAAAGGGUGGUCUUGGCGGCAUAAUAAGGUGGUUCUAUAAGGGGAAGAAUGAGGCUCACCUACCAGACGACAAAAACAAAUCUAUUGUUUGGGAUGAACAGAAGCAGAGAUGGGUGGACUUAAACGAGCCUGAAGAGGAGAGCAAACCUCCUCCACCACCUCCGUCUGGCUUCCCCAUGAUGCCUCAGAUGCCUGCUGGCCCCCCUGGAGGGCCUGGUGGGCCCCCAAAUAGUGGGCCCCCUGUCAACAUGUUCUCCAGGAAAGCAGGCGCGAGGAGUCGAUAUGUGGAUGUUCUGAACCCGAAUAAAACGGCGAAACCGGGCGGUUUAGCCCCUGCUCCGGCAGAUAUUUUUGCUCCUUUGGCGCCGAUGCCCAUGCCUGCUAACCUUUUUGUGCCUAGUUCAGCUCCUGACGAUCAACAGCCUUUAGAGGGGAGUGAAGGAGGAAACCUGGAGCAGAAUUCACCAAACGCCAGCGCUGCUCCUCAGAUGUUCAAUCCAACGUUGUUACCACCUGCUCCAGAGGGUCCUCCUGUGCCUGAUGGUUCACAGUCUGGAGAGCUCUCACGUUCUAGCUCAAUGAGUUCUUUAUCACGCGAAGUGAGUCAGCAUUUAAACCAGAAUCAUCCUGCCCAGGGGACUGCACCCACAGGAGGCAUCACUUUUUAUAACCCUGCACAGUUUGCACAGACAAGUGCACCAUCAGGAGGUGGACAUCGCCCUGGUCGCUUGGGCGGCCAGCGCCAGUACCCAGUGUUGAAGUAAACACCAUCUUGCAGAGAGAUUGUGUGAACAGACUUGUUGAAUAGAGUGAUAUCCUACCUGGAAGUAAAAUGAAGCACAUGGACUUACUGCUCUCUGAAUAAAGGACCUUUCUUUUCUGCCUGCACCUAAGAAGAACAUAAUCACAGUCUCCAUCAUGUUGAUUCGUUAGAGCUUAACUGCUCUGUCAUCUUUGUCUUUAUUGUCACUGGUUGAGUUUGUUUGCAGGCACAGCGUUUUCUUCAAGGGCUUCUCCUGGAUCCAAACAGAGACACAUAGUAGUGAGAAAUUUAACAAGUCUAUUCCAGAUGCAUUUAUACAUAAAUCUGUAUAUUAAUGAAGGCCUAAAUCUGUGGAAAAUAAAUAUGUUGCUCGUCCAAGCUUAUCGAGUUUCCCCUCAGACGUUAUCAGAAUAACCAUGGCAGAUCCUGUCUUAGGUGUCUACAGUCCAAAUAUCCAUGUUUGGUUUACUGACUGUGUGAUGGAGAGUGGAAAGGGGAGUCUUUUUAAUUUCAUUUGUGUGUGCAUUUGCAGCUCUGCGGUGUUCUUCACCCAGAGGCAGCAAUUAUUGUGAGAAUGAAUUGUCUUAGUGUGCAUUGUCUGCUGUGGAUUUUGCUUUUCCUCUCGGGAAAGGAGGGCUGUUGGUUGUCACAGGAGAGACGCUCUGCUGGCUGAAUAACCCUGACGGCUGGAGAAAGCCUGCAGCAUUGAGAAGCUGCUUGUUGCAGAUAUUUAUUUAUGUCUUAAUGUCCUCUUUCCCCAUCAUUAAGUCUUCACCUCAAGGAAUGCGUCGGGGUCUUUCGUCCAAGCAUAAGCUUCAAUUUUUCCCUCUGAGAAAGCCAGAAAUAUCAGUGAAGAAGGGUGGUCUCCAGAACAGAAAGAAUCAGGAUAAAACUGCUUUUUAAAUGUCACUAAAAAUAAAUCUAUCCAAAUAUUUGUAUAUCAGAUUGAUUGUAUUUAUGAGCUGUAGGUAUAAAGGUGUGCGUGUGUGUGGAGCAACUAAUUUUUCAGAUUUGCUUUGAAGAAAUGCGUUUAUGAUUCUCCAGAAAUGAUGUGGAUUUGUAUUUUUAUCAUUUGCAUUGGCUUCUGCAGACAAAUAAACUAUCAAAAUUG